ACGAUGGGCUCACUGUUUGGAUAUGGCUUUGUGAAUAAAACCCACGUCCCUUGGUUUUUCUUCUUGUUUUGCUCCAUUAGUUCUGUCCUCUGGCCAAAUUGACUGCUAGACACUGUGAGACCAGAGAGAUUACUAGCCUCAGUUAAAUAGCAUCCACCUGUUGAAUUAGGCUACAGCAGCUCCACAUCACUGGAAGGCUCCAAUGAAAUGUCAAGUUAGAACGCUUUGAAAAGCCCUCCCUCUUGAAAGGUGAUUGGUUUCUGUAAAGCAUCUGCAAAACAGAGGAGGGUUCCUGAGGACCAUAAAAAAAUGAGAAAAUGAAUACGAUCAGUUCAUGCAAGGUGAGAGUCGCAUCAUCCCCUUGAUUCUCAGCUCAGCACGAGGAAGUUUGUUUGCCAGGAAAGAUAAGCGAGCACAGAAUGGCUCCAGAGGUCUGAUCUCCACAACCUGAAGAAGAGAGGAAGAGCCCAUCCUCAGGACACACUCAAAGACACAGCCUUGACCAGAGGAGACCCUAUAAGAGCAGCCCUGGUAACUAACAGCACUGAGGUGUCUAACCGCCCCCGCUGUGGGGUCCCUGACUACCCCAUGCUGAAAGAUGUCCUCUACAGGGGGACACAAAGACAGAAACGCUUUGUCCUGUUCGGGGGGCGCUUGGAGAAGACUGACCUCACCUACAAAGUGGUUCGCUUCCCCUGGCAGAUGAGUGAGGACAAGGUUCGGCGUGUCCUGCAGGAAGCACUGAGAGUGUGGAGUGAGGUCACACCCCUCACCUUCACUGAGGUCAGCAGUGGAAAGGCUGACAUUGUCAUUGACUUCACCAGGUACUGGCAUGGAGAUAACCUGCCCUUUGACGGGCCUGGGGGCAUUCUAGCCCAUGCCUUCUUCCCCCAGACCCACAGGGAGGGCGACAUCCAUUUUGACUAUGAUGAAGCAUGGACCCUUGGCAACUACAUGGGCACAGACCUCCUCCAAGUGGCUGCUCAUGAGUUUGGGCAUGUUCUGGGCCUGCAGCACUCCCGGGAACCGGGUGCAGUGAUGUCCCCUUAUUACAGCUUCUCCUAUCCCCUGGAGCUGAGCGAGGAUGACAAGCUGGGGAUCCAAUACCUGUACGGCCAUCGUCCACAUAUCCCGCCCCCAUCUCCACUAUCACUAUCACCACCGCCACAAAUCACCACAGAGACCAAUGAGAUCAUUAGUAGUAUCCCUGAUGUCUGCCAGACAGACUUUGAUGCUGUGUCUAUGAUCCGCGGGGAGCUGUUUUUCUUUAAAUCAAGCUAUGUGUGGCGCAUUCGGGAGGGGCGGCUGGAGGCGGGCUACCCCGCGCUGGCGUCCCGCCAUUGGAGGGGGAUUCCAGAGAGCAUUGAUGCUGCCUUUGAAGACCAAUCAGGGAGUAUCUGGUUCUUUCAAGGUCAAAGCUACUGGGUGUUUGAUGCAGAGAGACAGAUCACAGGGCCAGAACCUGUGCGGAGGCUCGGCCUGUCAGUCUCCCACAUCCAGGCAGCCCUGCUCUGGGGCCAGGACAGCAGUUACAACACCUACUUCUUCAAGUCAGGCAGCUACUGGAGGUUCAGCCCCAAGGAGAACCGCGUCCACUCUGUCUACCCUCGCAACAUGCAGGACUGGAGCGGCAUCCCCAGUGAUGUAGACGCAGCCUUCAAGGACCAAUACGGCUAUGCCCACUUUAUCCGAGGGAGGCAGUACUGGAAGUUUGAUCCUGUGGAGAUGAAUUUACUACAGGGGUAUCCUCGCUAUAUUGGAAUGGACUUCUUUGGCUGCCUAAAUGCAUGAAUAAUCAGUAUUAAGUGAUGCCGCUGUCUCAAGAUCAAACCCAAGUCCAGGUUUAGUCCAACUAUGCUCUCGUACUGAUGGUCUUCAAAUACAACAUUGUAAUGUUGUGCAUUUUUUGGGAACAAGACCAUUGCAUCGACAGAGGCUUCUUCAUCUUCUUCCAAAUGUUGAAGAAACAAACUAUUUAGAAAGAGACUUUAUUUCUUUUACUUGAGUGAGUUCCAAAAAAUGUGUGUUCUUCCUCAAAUAUGUUUUUGUUUAAUCAUGAUCUUAACACUUUGAACGGACUAGAUCCUUUUUUUCUUCUCAGGGAAACACAAAUUCAAAUGUUUCCUCAGAGUUUGGACUUCAUGUGCAGCUAUGUACUUGUAUUUAUUUGUUACUGGGUUCGGUUCUAUGGUCAGAAGUUGCGAUGUUCAAGACCAUGUGCUGACAGUACAGUGCCAUCUACAGUCCAGUAUCAACCAAUUGCAGGAGGUUCUUUUUAACUAUAUUAUGAUGUAUAAUUUACUCCAGAGAUGUUGCAUCAUAAACAUGUUUGCUUUAUUCUUAAAGGGAAAUAUGUCUAAAGCACUGCAAUUAAGGUGCUAAAUCUGUUAAUCACUGACAAUCAGGGACACCUUUUGUUCUCAAAUGUUAUGAACACUUACUCACAGUCUUAUAUGUAUGACAUCAAGUACAUUAUCUCGUCACAUUUCAUUUCUCUCUAAGAUUAAUAUACUUCAUUCAAUAAUGUUCCAUCCAUGGUGCUCUCAGUCAGUGCAAAGGGAUGGGGUGAACUUGGUGCUGCAUUAUGUGAAUCUAAGCCAUGAGGAUAAGUUACUUUUUGGAUGACUGCAGUUUGUCAGUGCAGGACACUGAUAUAUCUGCUUUACUGUAAAAUACACUACCGGUCUAAAGUUUUAGAACACCUACACCUAGAACACCUCAUUCAAGGGUUUUUUUAUUUAUUUAGACUAUUUUCUACACUGUAGAAUAAUAGUGAAGACAUCAAAACCAUGAAAUA